GGGGCCGAAAGCGAAAGCGCGCUCGGUCUCUCGGUGCUCGCUCCAUCGGGUCUGGCGGGGCUGGCAGCGGCGAGGACCCGGGUCUGGCGCUGUGGGCCGGGAGCCGUGGGGCGGCAUGGAGGGGCUGGUUGUCGCCGCCGGCGGGGACGUCUCCCUGCACAACUUCAGCGCGAGGCUGUGGGAGCAGCUGGUCCACUUCCACGUCAUGCGGCUGACGGACUCGCUGUUCCUGUGGGUGGGGGCCACGCCGCACCUGCGCAACCUCGCCGUGGCCAUGUGCAGCCGCUACGACUCCAUCCCCGUGUCCACCUCCCUCCUUGGAGACACUUCCGACACGACCUCUACUGGCCUUGCCCAGCGCCUAGGGCUCGGAGGGAAGACUGGCCUGGCCUGUGAGUGUGGCGUAGAGCGGGGAUUAAGCAAAGGUCAUGAGGCUGAAUGCUCCACUCCUCCCACACCCCAACACACUUCCUGUGGGCCAGCCAGGAAGACCAACAAACAGGUGUUUGUCAGCUAUAACCUUCAGAACACAGACAGUAACUUCGCAUUACUUGUAGAAAACAGGAUCAAGGAAGAGAUGGAGGCUUUCCCCGAAAAGUUCUAGCUGAGUGGCAGAAGUGAGAAUUUGUAAACUUAUGUACAAUGUACGUGUAAAUAAAUGGAUUGAAUUUCAGUUUGUCAUCAGGCCACGUUCCCGUUUUGUUUUUAAGGGGUUAAUCUUUUGAGCUUCCUUCUCAGCAGUAUGUGGGCCAAAAGGCUCAUGCUGACCCACCUGGUGAAGGAGAGGCAAAGUGGGCAGUAUAUACUUCCUCAUUUGGCUGUGAGUGAUAGAGGGAUGAAAUGGGAUUUUUGUUGGGAUUGAAGACUGUAAUCUAAGAGUUUCAAUCAGACAUGACUGUGACGUGCAUCCUCAAUUAGAAUUAAAGUGAUGUAUAAAUAUGCUUUA